UUAGAGAAAGAGAAAAGAAAAUGGCAAGAGUAACAUUAGGAUCCUCAAUGGUUCCGGUCACUGCACUUUUGGUAGUGUUGAUUUCUCUAAGUUUCCCGUUCUUUAGUGCAGCUGAUGGUUACUAUAGUUACAAGUCACCACCGUCUCCAACCCCGGUCUACAAAUCACCACCACCACCCACUCAGGUUUACAAGUACAAAUCCCCACCACCGACAACCCCGGUCUACAAAUCACCACCACCACCCACCCCAGUCUACAAGUACAAAUCCCCACCGCCCCCAACCCCGGUCUACAAAUCACCACCACCACCCACCCGAGUCUACAAGUACAAAUCCCCACCGCCGCCAACCCCGGUCUACAAAUCACCUCCACCACCCACCCCAGUCUACAAGUACAAAUCCCCACCGCCGCCAACCCCAGUCUACAAAUCACCACCACCACCCACCCCUGUCUACAAGUACAAAUCCCCACCACCACCGACCCCGGUCUACAAAUCACCACCACCACCACCCACCCCAAUCUACAAGUACAAAUCCCCACCACCACCAGCCCCUGUCUACAAAUCACCACCACCACCCACCCCGGUAUACAAGUCUCCACCUCCUCCCACCCCAGUCUAAAAGUACAAAUCUCCACCACCACCACCCACUCCAGUCUGCAAAUACACAUCCCCUCCUCCUUUUUUUUUUUUGAUUAGAAGAGAAAAUUUAUUCAAGAAAAAAAAUGUACAAGGUUCUACAAGAAGUAGAUAACGGAAAAGGAAAUAGUAAGCAACAAGAUUACACAAACAAGGUUUCCCAAUUAGCCAUUGAUGAGUGCCUAAUAUUGUAAUAAAUAAAGUCUGGAUGACUUGCGGAGCGGAAAAGAGCUGAAGAGUGGUGAAAAGCCGG